AUGUUUUCACAGUUUUCGAAACGUGUAGCCCAGAGAGGGUUUUCCACUGCUACUGGCUUGAAAGCUGGUUCGUCUUUGAGCAAGAAAUUUUUGGUUGGUGGUGCGAUUGUUGGUGGUGUUGGUGCUUCGACCAUGCUUUAUGCUGAUUCGCUCACUGCUGAGGCUAUGACUGCAGCAGAACACGGUUUACACGCGCCAGCGUACGGCUGGCCGCAGAACGGUCCAUUUGAAACGUUUGACCAUGCUUCUAUUAGAAGAGGUUAUCAGGUUUACCGUGAAGUGUGUGCCGCGUGCCACUCUCUGGACAGAGUCGCUUGGAGAACUUUGGUUGGUGUGUCGCAUACCAACAACGAAGUACGCGAUAUGGCUGCGGAGUUCGAGUACGACGAUGAGCCAGACGAGCAAGGUAAUCCAAAGAAGAGACCAGGUAAGUUGGCUGACUACAUUCCUGGUCCAUAUCCCAACGAACAGGCAGCUAGGGCUGCCAACCAGGGUGCUUUGCCACCAGAUCUAUCCUUGAUCGUCAAGGCUAGACACGGCGGCGCCGACUACAUCUUUUCUCUUUUGACCGGCUACCCAGAGGAGCCACCAGCCGGUGUUGUUCUGCCUCCUGGCGCCAACUAUAACCCAUACUUCCCAGGUGGCUCGAUUGCGAUGGCCAGGGUGUUGUUUGACGAUUUGGUUGAGUACGAGGACGGCACUCCAGCAACCACUUCUCAAAUGGCUAAGGAUGUUACUACGUUCCUCCACUGGUGUGCUGAGCCCGAACACGACGAAAGGAAAAGAUUGGGUUUGAAAGCCAUCAUCAUACUUUCCUCCCUAUACUUGCUAUCCGUUUGGGUCAAGAAGUUCAAGUGGGCUGCUAUCAAGAAUAGAAAGUUCGUCUUCAACCCACCAACCAAGAAAUAA